AUGGGUUGUUGUUCAUCUUCAAUAAUUUCCUGUGAAAAAUUAACGCAGUUCAAUGAUAUCAUUGAUGAUGAUGAUGAUGAUGAUAAUGAUGAGGAAAUCGACUCAAGAGCACUCACUCAUUUGUCAGUACCAAUAAUUUCAUUAAUUGGUGGUCCUGGUGUUAAUAAAACAAUUUUGGGAAAGCGUUUAGCUGAUGAAUUUGGAUUUUCUGAAAUUAUAUCAUCAGAAUUAGUGCGAAUGGAAGUGUCAAACGAUACAGAACGUGGUAGACAGUUUAAGAGGAUAAUGUUGGAGGGUCAUAAUUUACCUGAUCGAAUAAUCUUCAAGAUAAUUCAGAGAAAAAUGUUAUCCUUCGUAAAUUCCCGUGGAUUUAUUAUCGUUGGUUAUCCACGAACAAAAAUUCAAGCGAAACUUUUUAAUUCACAAAUCAGACAACCAGAUUUGAUGUUUUAUGUUUGGGCUGGUAAACAAUUUAUUGAAGAAAGAAUAAAAGGUCGUGCUAUUGCUAAUGAACGAUUUGAUGAUACUGUGGAUGCUAUUAAUAUACGGGUAAAAACAUUUUUUCGUAAUAUUGAUGGUAUUUUAAGAGUGAAUAAAAAUUGCGUUACGGUUAUUGAUGGACAGAGAGAGAUAAAUGAAAUUUUUCAUGCAUGUCGUGAUGCAGUUAAUAGCAUGCUAAUUAAAUAUCAAACAAAAUAG